CCGGAAGUAAACUGAAAAAGGCAAUCGCUGCAAUGAAAGCGAUAAUUCAGAGAGUUACCCAAGCAAGUGUGACAGUUGGUGAAGAAACAAUUAGUUCCAUUGGGCAGGGGCUAUGUGUCUUGGUUGGCAUAGGCAGAAAUGAUUCAACAAAGGAACUGGAAUAUAUGGCAAGAAAGAUUUUGAACAUUCGUUUGUUUGAUGGGGAAGAUGGGAAGAGAUGGAAUAAGAGUGUGAUUGAUAAACAACUGGAGGUGCUGUGUGUCAGUCAGUUUACACUUUCUGCAAUUCUCAAAGGAAACAAACCUGACUUCCAUGAAGCUAUGGGUCCAGAUACUUCUGAAAAAGCAUAUCAAGACUUUCUACAGAUAAUGAGGAAUUCAUAUAAUCCAGAUAAAGUAAAAGACGGUAAAUUUGGAGCCUACAUGCAGGUACACAUACAGAAUGAUGGCCCAGUAACAAUACCUUUGGAAUCUCCAGACAAUCUAGUAGAGCCAAAAAAGAAGAAGACAGCCUUUGUAGCGCCAUCUGUCCAGUCACUCUCAAUAGCUCCAGAAGAGGGAGACAACUCUGGUUCUUGACAAAUGGAGCACUUUUUACAAUUAACUUUUAACUCUUUUUUGAUGCCAUGAAUCAAAAAGAUAUCUAUUAUUUUAGGGCUGGGUAUUGGCUUCAUGUUUCAUAUUGCAAUAUAUUGCAAUAUUUUUGACUGUAUUGUGAUAUGUAUUGCAAUAUUUUUAACGAAAAUUAAAAUGGCAUUUUCUUAUAUUAACUUCCAUUUAUGUGCAGAAUGUACAUAAGUAUGAUAAAUAACUAAAGUGAAAAAGUUCUUGUUGAUUUAAUUAUAGUUAUGCACUGAAAUAUAUCCAUACAACAGCUUUACUGUUGGGCAUGAUCACGAGUGUUUCUGCCAACUAAUGCUUUAUUAGAUGUUUUAAUUAUGUAUUAUUACAGAAAUCCCAAGUCCAAGCAUUUUGCUGGUAUAUUGAUACUACAAAAACAUAUUGCAAUACGAUUUUUUUUUUGUCAUCGUACUGCAAUAUACCGAAAUGUCGGUAUUAUUGCCCAGCCCUAUAUUAUUUGCUGUUUGUUGAUACCAUGUAUCAUUGGAUGUGCAAGUUUUUACUAAUAUCACAAUGUAUUGAUGGAUUGACUAUUUGGUGUUUUUUGUAGUGAAGUGAUCUCCAAAUAAAAAAUGUCCUUUUUUCAUAAA